AUGGAAGAACUAGCAAAGGAAAAAAGUACCGCCCCUGCCGGUGCACGAAACCCUAACCACCUCUUUAGCGGUGUAGACUCAAUCAGCUCUCUACCCGAUGACAUGCUCCACCAUAUCAUGUCCUUUGUUCCGACCAAUGUAGCUAUACAACUAGCGUCUUGUCCAAACGUUGGAGGCAUCAAAACCCUAGACAGCUACACGGCCGAAAAAAUUUUGAGAUUCCAUCUCUACGUUGACAGCAAAAGCCAAAGGAGUCACCACGUUGAUAGCUUGAUCAAGUUUGCAUUAUCUCACAACGUGGAGAAGCUUUCUUUGGUAGCCAAAGGCAGAUUUCUUCUAACGCAACUCAUCGUUGAUUCACGUAACCGUAUGAGUCCCAAAUGCCCCGUUUCUUGGACAUCACUUCAGAGCUUGUCUUUGAGGAACUUUUCACUCGAUGAAUCAUUUACUAAGAUGCUAUCUGUUGCCGAGUUCCAUGGUGUUCAUUUCCCGACGUUUAAGGUCAAAACGUUGACUCUUAAAUCAACAACUUUGCGAUCUACUGUUCGUGGUAUAGAAAAGCUGCUACAAAAUUCACCUGAACUAAAGAAGAUAAAAUUUUACAAAACUGAAUGCUGGAGCUACUCAGUGGAGAAGUGUGUUAAUCGCUGCUUGGAACCACUAUAUCUGACUUCUUCGUCAAAGCUUAAAAUUGCAAGACCUGGUGUCGUGGCGUCUUUUAUUGAACGUUUUCUGCAAAACACAAGAACUCUAGAGACACUGAUUCUCCAGUUUGGGAGUUGCCUUAAUGCAUCAAAUUAUGAUAAGCUGUCUCAAAUCGCUCUUACCCUCUCUCACAAAUAUAAGGUCUCCAUUGUGCUGAAAUAA